AUGCUUCGCGCGCCCAAUUUCGCGACGGGACAAGAUGUCUCCAUGUCGCGCACCAUCAUUGCGACCGGCUGCUUGAUUUGGUGGGUGAUAGUUUGGAGUGUCUGUGCCAUCGGCUUCGUCCAACUAUUCCGCUACUAUUGGAGGAGACCCCAGCAGGCAACAUGCGUAACGACAUUAGAUGAGAACGAAGUCCCUCAAGUCACCGUUAUACGGCCGGUCAAAGGCCUUGAUCCGCGAUUGUACGAGUGUCUUGCAGCCACCCUCCGCCAGACGUAUCCCAAAGACAAACUGAACACCGUGUUCUGCAUUCCCGAGCGUUCCGAUCCUGCCUUCCCGAUCCUCGAGCACCUAUGCAAAGAUUUCCCGGAUGCCGACGUACACAUCUUAGUCGAGGAGGAGGAUCCGCUGCUACUGAAGGAUAACAACGCGCUGGGGCCCAAUCCGAAGAUUAGGAACAUGAGUCGCGCCUACAGGGAGGCCAAGGGCGACAUCGUAUGGGUACUUGACUGCAACGUCUGGGUCGGCAAGGGCGUUUGCGGGCGAUUGGUGGACCUGCUAUGUGGAUUUGGAAAGGACAAGCAUGGCAACAAGAAGACAAAGUACAAGUUCGUUCACCAGACGCCUCUUACGGUAGAUCUCGACUCGCAAGGUCUCUCGCUUCAGGACAGGAAGGAAUUGCUCGGAGGCAAGCCUGGUGCUGUAGCUGAGUCGACUAGCAUCGCGGCAAGCACGUCUUCCGAUCCGCGCAAUCACUCCAGCAGCACUAUCAGGAAGCUGCUGCAGCGCGGCGGAGGACGUCUCGACGAAGCUUUUAUGUCUUCUGCCCAUGCCAAAUUCUACCAAGCCAUCAAUACAGUCGCUGUGGCACCUUGCAUCAUGGGCAAGAGUACCAUGUUCCGUCGCUCCCACCUCAACUACGUCACCUCAUCGAAUCCAGACCGCGCUCCCGGCAUCGACUUCUUCUCCGACAACAUCUGCGAGGAUCAUCUCAUUGGCGAUGUGUUAUGGAAGCAACCUCAAGCUUUCGAGGAACGAGGCUACAAACCCGAGCCAGGGACGGCAAAAGAGGCUUGGGGCAAGCAUGCAAUGCUCUUCGGUGACUUUUGCUUUCAGCCAAUCAGCCAUACGUCUGUUAUGGCCUACCUGCAACGUCGCAUUCGAUGGUUACGAGUACGGAAGUUCACGGUGACUUUGGCGACGUUUGUGGAGCCAGGUACAGAAAGUAUCGUUUGUGGGCUGUAUGGCGCCUAUGCUCUAACGACACUACCCUUCUUCCACAGAAUCGGCAUCAGCCCAGCAUGGACCUCUUUCUUCCUGAUCUGGCUUCUACACCUAUCCGCAUGGUGCCUUGUAGACUAUGUCCAGUAUCUGCUGCUGCACUGCGCGAAGACCGUCGAGAUUGAUUCCGACACCCCUGACUUCAUCCUGCCUCAACGAUCAGCCUCUGCGUACCACCGUACCGAGGUUCUAGAACCUCUGCUUGGCAACAAAACACCAGGUGAACCUAGUCUACUUGAUGGCGCGAGGAGAAACUUCAUAGACUUCUUAUUUGCGUGGCUCGGCCGCGAGAUUUUCGCAUUACCAGUCUGGGUCACCGCCUUCUGGGGAGGUGUUACAGUAGAGUGGCGAGGCAGGAAGUUCUGGGUGGGAUUAGAUAUGAAGGUCCACGAGAUCUUGCCACAAGAGAAGGAAGUCAAGAAUGAUCAACACAAGAAACGUUAG